AUUCUCGACGUUACCAAUAACUAACACAUAUCUACCGACUAGCUUCUAACACAUAUCAAUUAUAUCCGACCAAAAAGACAUAAAUGAAUCUCAAACGUUUUUUGACUUAAAACUAACGCGGAGAUUUUGCUUAUCCGCGAAAAUGUGUCGAUUUUACGGAUUUUCAGUGACUUAGCGAUGGUUUGUGUUCGUAGCGGAAAAAAUUGACCAAGAUGUUGAGAAAUAGAGGGCCUGGGCCCCCAUGGACAUUGUUAAUUAUUUUUUGUGUUUUAAUCGCUUCUGUGCCACUUCUAAUUGAAGCAGAGAAGACUAAAAAAUAUUCUAUGCAAUCGUUAUGUAAGAACCACUUUCUGCAAAAUCUCUACAGGAAGAUAGACGGUGCACUUCUAUGGUCGCAAAAUGAGAGAAAUUUGGACUGCAUCAUUACUUUUCAGACUCAUUCAAUACUUCAAAGGUUUAUGCUCCGUUUUGACUUUCUUCAGUUAGACUGUAAUGACCACUUAUAUAUUUAUGAUGGUGCUCAUGCUGUAGGAACAUAUAAGUUUGAUUUGUCUUGCAAGAACACGAAACAAAAUCUGGGGGCCAUGUUUACUCGUACUAAUUACGUUACGCUCAAGUACGUGACGGAUGCUUGGGGAACCGACUCCAAUGGAUUUAAACUAGUCAUCACGGCUGUUAAAGAUCCUAAGCAUGCUUGCACAGAAUAUAGAUGCAACUUACGCGAGUUUUGUAUAGCCACCGAACUUGUAUGUGAUGGAAUCAAUCAUUGUGCUGAUGGUUCAGAUGAAACGUCCACUAAUUUAUGUCAAAAUAACGAGACAGGCACUAUUUUGGGCUUAGAAGUGACGUGGUUUGUAGUCGUCGUUGUUAGCAGCUUAUUGGUCCUUUUGGUCCUGAUUGUCGCCGUCUCUGUCUGCAUCUGUAGGAUGGGAUGGCCCAAUACAUCAUCUGGGAACGGGACCGUGCAGCAACAAAAUGCUUCGUAUUCUCUACAACAGAUGUAUGGAUCAAAUGGUGCUAUGAAACCUAAUUCGGGUAGCAUGACUACUUUGACCGUCACUUCAACAGGUCCUGGAAGCAUCCACCAGCAGCCGGGAAACUGGUGCCACCCUGCGGGCCCACUCGGGUUCCGCCUCAGCACGCCGGCCCGGGCCCGCCUUUACUGCCAGGCAAAGUGAGACUCGCGCCCGCCAAUGGUGGCGGCGCUGACACAGAUCACGUGUCUCUAAGCCAGAAAGACGAGUGGUUCGUCUAGCAGUGGAGGCGACCGGGUCGUAGCCUGCAGGGUGAGUCGAGCGUAGAACCCAUCGUUCGACCAAUAGCACAGUUUCCUACUACAUCGACAAUCCACGCGUACUUUCCUUAUCGGCGUGUGAUUGGAUAUUUAAGUGUAAGGACAAUAUUCUUUAUUAAUAUAAGUUUAAACAGUGCAAUUUUAAGUAUCUUCCUUUAAAAACGUGAGACUAAGUCACUGCAUUCUUUAUAGUUAUGUGUUGUUGUAGCUUUAUUAUCAUUAGCACGAUUCAUAUGAAGACGCUAUUUGGUUAAAAAAAAAUGUUAAUUUAAAAGUAAAAUUUUAUGGACAUUCAUAUUUCCAACAUUAAAUUCUAGAUAACUACAAUUCGAGUAUUGUUAAAAAUUGAAAUAGGGAUGUGAAGGUACGAGUAAAUUUCUUAACGGUUGUAUACUCCAAUUGCUCGAUACAAAUUCAAAUUUGCUUGUUAGUUCAGAAACCUAUUAUUAAUAUUUUUUUAUUAAAUAAAUUCCGAUCUGAUCUAUUAGAAAUAUGAAAGCCAUUAAAACUACUUUAAUGGAUUUUUUUUAAUUUAUAAAGACAUUCAUAUUAAUUCGACUUUGAUAAAUUGUUAAAAUUUAAUAAAAAUUUAAAUUAAAAAAUGUAUUCCGUGUUAACAUUUUUCAAUACAAAAAUCCUAAAUUUAUAAAGAAUAAAAUGCAGUUAUGCUUUGUACCUAUUGAGGCCUAACUGCAGUCUGUUCUGUUGGUAGUCAUACUAGUAUUAUAUUUUAUAAACAUUGGAAGAAGAUAAUUUUAAUUUAAAUCAUUUAAGCAAUUAAAAUAUAAAACGUUAUGAUCAUCUAAAAAUAAUGAAUAUGCUAUAAAGAGACACCGCAACAGAAACAAAAAUUCGGCUUCCACUUGGAUAGAAAAUCACUAUUAAUGUAUCAAUACAAUUCAAAAAAGAGUUACAUUACAAUGCCUUUGAAUAGUAUAACACACAGAUAUUGUCUUAAAAAUAUUAUUACCUCGCUGGAAUGAACCGAUAUAGAUGUACGGGACUAUCGCAACUAUAGCAAUAAAUUCAAUGUCAGAUAAAGGUAGAAAGUAGAAAAAGCCUGUGUGUUUAUCAUUUAAUUUAUUAUUGAAGGUUAUUUUAAACAUUUUUAAAUAUUAAAAAGAUAUUAAAUGGAACAUUUUUAAAAUAAUCCUUAAUUAACAAACAUUUCAACUUCUACCAUUAUUAAUAGAUUUAAUAAAUAAAUAUUCAAGGUGCAAAAAAAAAGAAUAAAAUUAAUAAUUUUAGCGAUUAUUUAAAUACCAAAAGCAAGCUACUGAAAUAUUCGACUUAGAAAUUAUAAUUUUGGGAUAAAUGCUUUAUUUAAUUAAUGUUUUAAUGAGUGCAUUUCUAGUUUUAUCGAAAUCAAGGUUGAACAUUUAAUAGCAAAGGUAUAGGCGAAAUUUGCAAUAAAAGAGAUGAAUUUGUUGACGUUUUUUAGCUAAAUUUCAUCAAGUAAUCAAUUUUUUCGAAUUCUUCAAACAAACAUAGGCCAAAGUUUGUUUUUCAUUUGCGGUGUUCGUUUAUAGUUGACUUAUUGUUUAAGCUAUACCAAUAAUUGAGAGAUCACUUUUUCAGUGUGUGUCCUCUCAGUCUGUGGUUUCUAAUGCCAUGAUAAAAGUUUGCCUCGAUAACACCUCCCUUAAAACAGGGUUAAAGUGCCGGAAAACCAGUUUUAGGCUAAUAUAUGUAGUUUAUUUAAUUCCAAAAUCGGUAAUUCUUAAGAUAUUCUCAAAAAUACAAUUUAAUAAUUUCAUAAUGACGUUUAUAAAAGAUUAAAAAAAUAUACAAAAUUUUAAAACAUUAAAACAAAUGUCAAAUAAUUGAUUUAUUAAUAAAUUUAAAUAAGUGUACGUAAAUUAUUAGGCCAGUGGGUAAAAAUUAAAAGGCCAAACAUAAUAAGAUUCUUACUCUUACUAAAAAAAUAUUUUACUGAAAACCAUAACCAUGUUUUCAAAAGUGAAAAAUGGUGUUGGUUAGUUACAUUUUAAAUCAGAUUUAGGAUACUUACUAAUGAAUAUGUAAUAUAUUUCAUUUUUAUUUAUAACUUUAAUAAAUUAUAAAUAAAAUAACAUAAUAUCGAUACCUUAAUUAUACCUUACUCAAAAGUGAACCUUGUCUUGUUUUGUAUUUAUGGAAACAUUGAAAAAUCGUCCACGUUAUUUGUAAAAGAUAUGAACCAAACAGCAUCUUCAAAUAUUCGUUUCCUUUCUUUGAAUCUCAUUCAUCUAUACGGUCUACCCUUACUGACAAAUAUAUUUUGAAGACUCAAACAAUUUUAGCUCUAAGGAUAAAUUGAGACAUUUUGUGAGAGACAAUAUGUACUUUUAUCACUACUAUCUAGUAUAUCUGAAAUUAAAUUACCCUUAUCAAUGUGAACAUGUAGCCUAACGUAGCUAAUAAAACUAGAUAAUUUUUGGACAAGCUCGAAGGAAUGUUUGUAAAAAUUUCAAUUUUUUUUUUAAAUCGGAUCGCGAUUGUAAAGUCACACAGCUCUGUACUGCCGAAGUGAUAAUAAUGUAUCUAGUGUUGUAUUAAAGCAUAUUGAAUAAAUAUAGGAGAAAACUAUUUUGAUCACUGAUCUACAUCAAUUUUUUUUAAACAAAAUUUUUUAAAUGAUUACAUACAUUUUUCACCAAAUAGGUAUGUGAAAAUGAAAAAAAUAUGAAAAAAAAAUAGCUUAUCGUUUAUUUUAAUAUAUUAAAACCAGAACUUACCGUUUUAUUUUAUCGGCAUAUCGCACAUUGUUUUUAAUAUUAAAAAAAAAUCAAAUAUCAUUUGU